AAGGGACAGAGUUUGGGUCUGCCUACACAUUCAGCCUACAGCUCCUCACUCACACAGACAACAUGAAGGCCUACCUGCUCCUGCUCAUCCUGCUGCCUCUGUGCAUGGCCGACUUUCAGAUCCGGUGUAAAGGAGAGGACUUUCUGAUGGUGAGGGAUAUGGUUCUUCAGUGUUCUGGCAAAACCAAGCAGGUCUGCUACACCAGGAAGACAGGAGAGAAGGGAUGCACAAGAGAGGAGUUUUGCAAGAGACCCGGCUGGACUUGCUGUGAAAAAGACCUCUGCAAUGCCUAACUCUUCCACAGGAGGUCACUACAACAUCAGAACGAUCUGCACUGUUGCACAAAUCAGUCCAUUUCAGUCUAACCAGUGGUUUGGAUGGAUUGUGCCUUAGGGCAACAUAUCCUAAUCGUUAUGGAGAUAUCUUUAUGUUAAUGCAGUUACUGUUUCUUUCUAGUUCUCUUUGUACUGUUUGAUGAAUAGAAAAUAAACAUUUGUGUAACAAACUGGAA